AUGACUGGUUCUGUAAAUUUUACAAUUAUUUUAUUACUGUAUACUAUUGUUUAUGUAGUAUCAUCUCUUCAUUGUAUGACAUGUAAUAUUGAGGAAGGUUCUAAUGACAUGGAUCCAUGUAUAGAUAUUUCUCAAGAAUGUCCAGAAGGUACUAAUUCAUGUUCAAUGCUUGUAUACACUUCAACAAAAAGUAAAACAACACAUACAAGAAAAUUUUGUACACCAAUUGGUUCAGAUUUAUCAAACCAUUUAUCACAAUUUCCACAAACUGGACUUUGCCAAAAAUUAAAUUAUGAUUCUCCUGGUAUAAGUAUGGAUAUAAAUGAUAUGAUUGAUGAUUCAAAUGAUAAUAAUAUAAAUUUUCCUAAACCACCACCACUUCGAGCUAGAAGAAAUGUUAAUAUAGAUAAUCAUCCCUCACCACCAUCACCACCAUCAAAUUUUAACACAAAUAUUCUUUGUGUAUGUAUGAAUGCCUUAUGUAACAGUGGUACAUUAGAAGAUGUUAUAAAACAAAAAAAUGAAAUUUCUAAGAUUGAAGCCGAAGCUAUGGCUGUUGGGAUUGAUGAUGACUUAAUGAUAGAAAUUAUGAAUGAAAAUAAAUUCAAUUCAAAUCAGAAUGUAGGAAAAAUUGUUAAAAAAACACCUGAGGAAAUGGUUAUUGGAAAAAAAAGUCAAUGGAAUUUUAAAAGUUUUAAACAUUUAGAUUAA